CGGCGCUGCUGCUCCCAGCCCAGGCCUCUUGGAGCCAGAGGCUUCUGCGAGCCGCCAUGGCCUCCACGUCGGUGAUUCUCAGCCGGGACGGCACGGCGGCGGGACCCUCUGCCACCUAUUCGUACUGCAACCGUCCCAGGCCGUUGCCGGGCAGGCAGAGGUACCGGACCUCCAUCGAUGCCAACGAGACAGAGGAGGAGCCUUAUCACUAUGCCAACCUCAUGUAUGAGAGGCGAGUCGUUCGGGGUAAUACCUAUGCUCUUCACAUCUUACCAUGGAGCAGCGAACCCGAUCCUCUGGAGCUUCAAAGGCAGCGGGAAGCCCAGCGUAAAGCGUUGGCCAGGAGAAGAGCUAGGGAUCAGCUUCAGACGAGAACCCCGGAACCUUUAGAAGGCAGGAGGCAUGUCGACGUUCAAACAGAACUAUACCUGGAAGAGCUUGCGGACCGUAUCAUCGAAGUGGACAUGGAAUGCCAAACGGACGCGUUUCUGGACCGGCCGGCAACGCCUCUGUUCAUCCCCGCAAAGACCGGCAGAGAUGUGGCCACCCAGAUCUGGGAAGGAGAUCUUUUCGAUUUUGAUAUCGAAGUGAGGCCGAUGCUGGAGGUCUUGGUCGGCAAGACCAUCGAACAAGCGUUGUUGGAAGUCAUGGAGGAAGAGGAACUCGCCGACCUGCGGGCGCAUCAGUACGCGUAUCACGAGCUGCGCCGUGCGGAGCUUGCUGAGGUCCAGAGACUUGAGGAGCAGGAGCGGCGGCACAGAGAGGAAAAGGAGCGUCGUAAAAAGCAGCAGCUACAAGUCCUUCAGAAAGAGAAAGAGACCUCAGAGAAGAUUGCAGCUCGGGCGUUCGCUCAGCGCUACCUGUCAGACCUUAUUCCUUCCGUCUUCGGCAGCCUUCGAGAGAGCGGAUACUUCUACGACCCGGUGGAGAGAGACAUUGAGACAGGCUUCUUCCCGGGGAUGAUGUCGGAGAUAGAAGAGAUCAUGGAAAACCGGGUUCUGGGCAGAACAAUAGCCGACAACUUAAUCCGAGACAUGAUGGAAAUGAGGCUGGACUGUUACGAGAAAGGAGUGUUGCCGGUCCGGCCGGAGGUCGUUCUGCCCCCCGACCCGGAAGACGCUAUGAUUCCCUCCAUGGAAUUAUUGUUGGGUGCGAGCCCGGAUCCACAGGGAAUCAUGGAACAGAUGGAAUCCCUUGGCCAACUGGACGGCUUGGAUCAGCCAGAUGUUUUUGGCCAGUUGGAAGCCUUGGAUAAGCUGGAAGCUCCUGGCCAAUCCGAAGCCUCGGAACAGCCGCCGAUUUCAGACCAGCCGGAAGCCCCAGAUCAGCCGGAAUCCGCUCCAGAUCAGGACAAAAUAGCAGAAGAGGCGGAAGCCAAGGAGCCAGAACCACAGUGAUGUGAUGACUAAAUGAAUCAGGGAUUCCAGGAGGUCGCACCGACGCGUUUGUGCCAACUGACGAAAUGCUGAAUUUAAUUGCUCCUGGUGCAAGCAAUAAAUUGAAAGCUGCGGUUUUUCAAAAAUACGUGCAAGGUCUAUGCUCUUAUUAGUCCCCCCCAAAACUCAGCGCUGAGAAACAUCCCACUAGUUUUCAACGAAUUCCUCUUCUUUUUAAAUUUGUGCAUGUUCCCAUUAAUUGUUUGCAACUUAAAUGUGCCUAAAUAAAUCCCAGACGGCAUCUGGUAGAAGUUUGUUGUUAUUUAAGUUCUGUUGAAGUCAGCGAGAUACAAUUUAGCCAGAGCUAAACUUGUUGAGUGGGUUCGAUUUCAAUGGGACUAGAAGUGGUGACAAAGUUCUGCCAGAUCUGUGUGUUGACGUUUAGAAAGUUUUUAGCAACCUUUGCAUUGUUUAACCAUAGUUAUUUGCAUUAUAACCAUAGUAUCUGCAUUAUUUGACCAUAAAAUGUGUUAUUUUUUUAGAGAAUGUUUGUGCGUAUGUGCAUGCCUAUAUAUAUUUUUAGAAAGCUUAGGAUAAUUUCAUUUUUACCUAGUUGCCUUAUAAGUCUGAUUUAUUCAUGACUUCGGCAAAAAAUGAGGUUUUUUUCUUUUUUCUUUUAAUGUUAUUUUCCUAGUACAAAAGAAAUCAUUGUGGAGAUAAAUAGAUUGUUGUUGUUUUCUCCCCCCUCCAGUCUCCCACCUCUGAACCUGGUUAAUUAUUUCGUUUCAAAAGUUUCUCUUUGAAAAGCACUGUUUGUGUUUUAUCCCCUAAAGCAUUGCCGUUCAGUCGUAUUCUUAAAUAACUUUAAUGCACUUCCAUGUUUGUGUUUUACCUAUAAUUGUAUCCAUCAUUUUAAGAUUAAUUAAUUUUAAUUCAUUUAAUUAAUUAAUUUUAAUUAAUUUUAAGAUUAAUUUGGUUUUGUUGCAAUGGUAUUAUAUGUAAUAUUUUUUUUGGGGGGGGGGGGUGAAUUGACCAAGAGUGUUCUUAAAUAAUUUUAAUGCAUUUCCAUGUUUGUGUUUUACCUAUAAUUGUAUCUAUCAUUUUAAGAUUAAUUAAUUUUAAUUAAUUUUAAGAUUGAUUUGGUUAUGUUGCAAUGUUAUUAUAUGUAAGAUUUUUUUGGGGGGGGGUGUGUGAAUUGACCGAGAGUUCACCCAGAUCUGCGCUUGGGCCAAGUCUAGAAAGCACAAGUCGAAGCGGUUUUCUGCUUGUCCCAAAACUGCCCUUCAUCAAUAAAUCGGAGCAAACAUCAACCCAACUGAUGUGUGCUCUGAUCCAGCAGUAAAGUUCAGGUUUCCCCGGGGGAAAGCGUCAGAGGCAAAUGCGGACGAGCCCAAAGACUGCGAAAUCUCCCACCCUUUAGUUUUCCUUCUCCUCGUAUAAAACGAAUCAUUGAAGAGGCAGCCGAAUGGCUGAUCUUUGCUUCCCCUUCCUCCCUUCUAAGGAUGCCGCAUCGCUUGUCUCCAGCGGAGCUCUACUCAGAAGGAACCUGCCGAAAUGAAACGGAUCUGGCCCGUUUUAUUUCAGGGGGGUUGACUGAAUAUGACCAGCGCUGGAUACGAGCCCGUGCAUCUAGUUAGAAAAAGUUCCUGCUCCCUUUUAAUGUGAUCUCUUAGGAGACAUCCUGUUUAAGAAAUGGGACCGUUUAUCUUUUCUUCUCGUUUUUUUUCUUACCCCAAAAUUUAGCACCAGUAAAUGUGGCUGGGUGGGUGGGAAACAGGCUUGUGCGAUUGCAGCUCUGAGCUCCCUGUGUAACCCACAUUCAACGCGGCUCCUGAAUGGUGGGACGUCAGAUGCAAUGCUGAAAGCCGCUCACGGCUGCUACUGCCUCCUCUAAGAUGCCCAUAGCUCUGGCAGGAGCUAUGGGGCUCUUCUUCCCCCUAACCCUCCUCCCUGCCCCAUUGCUGCCACCUCUCCUUCCUCUUUCCGGGGUACAAACGGUCCAGCGGUCAAGGUUUCUUGGCUGACCAGUCGCUGUGACCCAAACUCCCUCGAGGGACAGGCAGCGGCAACGGAACAGGUAUCUAUCUAUCUGAACCCAUCAACCCAGGAAUGGCGGGGGUUUGGAUCGCAGCCCCAAACCUUUGCCAUACUUUAAAGAACUAGCAAAAGCUCUCUGUCGUCACGAAGUCCGUUGCGACGAAUGUUUAUUGUCGCGGGGAGCGAUCUGCCUGUUCACAAAAAAGCACACCUGUAGCAUUUCGGAACAGAUGCUCAAACCGCUUUUCCGAAGCAAGGGAGGAGACGCAAUCUCGCCUCCUCCCUGAGCAGCUGGAUUUCCAAAGGCGGGGAGCUGUUUUCUUUUUCCUUGCACCAGGCCUCCGGAACCUGUGGCCCUCUCUGGGGAGAGGCUGCGGGACUCCAGAGACAUCUGUAAUCCAGAGACAUCUGCUGGACCGUAGAUUCCCUGCUCCCGCUUUGCACAGCGAUUUAUCCUUUCUGAAGUGCUACGGUCCGGCGCAUGACUAUUAUUGUGUGCUUUUUCCAAAAGUGUAGAUCAGCUCUGGAAACGUAUGCAAUGUCAAAUCUGUUUUCCUCUUACCUGCUGCACCCUACCCCGCAAAAAGCAUUUUGUGUGAACUGAAAAUAAAGAGGAUACCACAAAGUGA